AUGCUGAACACCGCGAGGACCCAGUUGUCCACGUCUCCGACGCGCAUCCACAGUGGCACAAAGCGACCUUAUCCCUCUGACGAGACAGAUGUCGCCCGUCCAUGCCAAAAAGCCUUUUCUCACAUUGAUCGCCCAACUCAAACUUCCCCCGUGGACUCAUCACCUGUAAAAGAGCAAAAGAAAGCUCCCCGAAACGCCUCAGACAUAUUCCCUUCGUUUCGCAGCGUAACUGCAUGUCAUCGCUGCCGCUCUCGCAAAAAUCGAUGCGAUCAACGUCUCCCGCGUUGCCACCAAUGUGAGAAGGCGGGGGUUCCUUGUGUCGGAUUUGAUCCGAUAACGAAGCGUGAGAUCCCAAGGAGCUAUGUAUAUUUUCUUGAGUCGCGGGUAAUAUACCUGGAAAAAGUCUUGUCCGAUAAUGGAAUUGAAUUCUCACCUCCAGAGCCACAUGAGGGGGAAGCGAGAAGCGACCCUGCAGAAGGCGGCGCUCUGAGCUCCGAUUUUACGGCUGGCGGGGAGUCGCAGCCGCCCAAGCGAUAUGGGUCCUCGGACACUGAGGGUCCUGAGGUGGCAAAGUACGGGGCCGAUGUUCAAAUCAAAGACGAGGGAAGGCAAAAUGAAAAUCGCGAUGAUGCCGUGGAUGCUAACGUGGCACAAGAAGAUGCCACUAGUCGUGGGAUAGAUCGAAAGCGGCCGGCGCCGGAUUCCAGCAAAGGAUUGGACAGUUUAGUUUCAAAGAUAGGCCUGGUACCGGUCCAUGGCGCUUCCGAUUCCAGAUAUCUCGGUUCCACAUCUGGCAUUUCGUUUGCUCGUGUGGUCUUUGCAGCGGUUAGAAGUUCAAUUACGACCAGCACAUCAGACCGUGGCACAGUGCGCCCAAGCUCACGGCGGGCGUCCACAGGUCAAGGAAAUGCACCAAGCUCAAUGAGAGAUUCUUUCUUUGGCUUGCAGGUUAGACCAUCCAUGAACCGUGCGCCGUUUCCCGAUCGUGCAAUCGCACGGCGUCUUGUGGAUCUCUAUUUUGAGUACGCGAACCCACAAGCUCCAAUCCUCCACAGAGGCGAGUUCAUGGAAUUGUUCGAACGUGUAUAUGCAACGGACGAGGAAAAUCGCUCGCCGGGCGACCUUUACGCCUUAAAUAUUGUCUGCGCAAUUGGAGCCGGAAUUAUCUUUGAAGUCAAAAGAGAUAUAACGUCUUCAGAGCAUGGGGACCGGAGAGAAUAUGACCCAUCUUAUUCGCUACAUCCUGGGAAACCGAGUGUACCAUCUAGUAAUCAAUCUCAGCCAGAAGAAUACCAUGCAUCUGCGAUUGUGCAUCUCGAAGCGUCUUUCAGUUCGUCCUCUACUGCCGAUGGAUUCGUUGGCGGUCUCGAGGAGCUCCAGGCCGUAUUAUUAUUAGCUAGCUUUGCGCUCCUUAGGCCCGUUGCACCGGGGCUAUGGUAUAUAGUAGGAGUGGCAAUGCGACUGGCAAUUGACCUGGGAUUACACCAUGAAGAUGGCACCGGGCUUGAUUUCGUUGAUGAAAGCAUAACGGGCCGCAAGGUGACCGGGAGAGAAACCGCAAAAGGCGGGAAUGGCGAAGGCUCCAAAGAGAAGCCCGGAAUCCAUGCACGAGAGCGUGGAAGGCGGGAAUGGGUACGAGACCUACGUCGCCGUUUGUGGUGGAGUGUAUACUCCUUUGAUCGUCUCGUCAGUACAUGUGUUGGAAGACCGUUUGGAAUAUCGGAUGAGGUUAUCACGACGGAAUUUCCUUCCCUCCUUGACGACAAAUAUAUUACUAGAGGAGGCUUUCUCACGCCUCCUUCUGGGGAAACUCCCAGUUAUAAACACGUGUCAUAUCAUUAUUUUAAACUGCGUCUGCUGCAGUCGGAAAUCCAACAAGUGCUCCAGUAUCAGCAGGCAAGAAUUGCACGAAAGUCAGGCACAGAUCGCAGCAGUGACUCUAUGCGGAUGGACGUUCCGUCACCUUUUCUCCAGAAGUUUGAUUCUUUUCGCUCGUGGCGACGGGAUGUCCACAGCAGACUCGAUGCCUGGAUUCAGUCUUCACCUACUCAACGAAAUAUCGGGGUUCAAUUUUCCAUCGAAUUCUUGGAGCUAAACUACUGGCAGGCUCUUACCAUGCUCUAUAGGCAGAGUCUAGUGGUCCCUGCACGGUUGGCGGCGGAUCUGGGUCAGACAGGGCAUGCUAUGAGCCCAACACUUACGAAUAUGGAAGAUGAGGACCAAGAUGACAUAUACCUUAAAGUUGCUGAAGCAGGAAAGAUGACGCUUAGGUUAUAUCGUCAGCUGCAUCGUGUCAGGCUAGUUAACUAUACCUACCUUGCAACCCACCAUCUUUUCAUGGCCGGUAUCUCAUUCCUAUGUGCAAUAUGGCAUUCACCUGUUGUUCGAAGCCAUCUUGCCCUUGAUGACGUCGAUUUUACCGUCCUAGGAGCGACUUCUGUCCUGGAAGACUUGAUGGGAAAAUGCCCCCCUGCUGAAGCAUGUCGAGAUGCCUUUGAAAUGAUGAGCAAGGCAACUGUUCAGGUGUGUUUAUCCACAACUGGAUUUGGCUCGUCAUCUGGCACGAACGGGACUCGACCAGCCUUGCCAGGGAAAGCCCGUCAGGAUGAUAGACCAUUGCUUCAGGCUCCUGGUGGCCAAAACUCAAAUCCUCUCUCAUCUUUAAAUAUUCAUCCUGCGUCCUCAUCAUCAGAAAUAGUCUUGGAUGGAAGAAUGCGCCCCGGAUAUCAGCCGGAUAGUAACCAGAGCCGACAAGCUCCCCUUAACCGUACACCCGCCUUAAAUCACAUGGGUCCAUCGGAUUUUCCGGGCAAUUACCCUAUGGGCCAAUCGAGUUCUCCCAUUGCAGCUGGAAAUUCAUUCAUCAACGCGCAGCAAUCUAUUUACAACACUGCUUCCUCUUCUCCCCAUUCUCUUCAGCAACAGCCCGGUUUCGGCAACCCUUUCCUAACGCAAUCUCCUCAGCAAGCCUCUACCGCCGCUUCUCAUACGAGUCUCCCGUCAUGUCCUGAGCAGAGCCUACUUUAUCAUCCUGAAUUUGAUUUUCUCAAUUGUGCUCCGCGCGCGGACCAUGAGCAACUUUAUAGUGCCUCAACGGGGCAAGAGACUGACACGUUCUCAUUACCAUCACCGUUUCCAAAUAGUGAUGACCCGCCUGAUACGGCUGUUGAUCUUGGCUUCGGAAUGACGCUUGGGUUGCAACACGAUUGGAGUAAUGGCUCUGGAUACCCCUUUUUUGGAGACUUCUUUUUCGGCAAUGGCACUGGGGGAAGUUAG